UGUUAACAUGCUUUCAUGCCUCCUUGUUGCUCAGGUGUGCCUGGAGGAUGUGACAUCCUCAUCGUUUACAGCCUGGAUGCUGAGGAAUGGUGCCAGUACCUCCAGGACCUUUUCCUGUCCAGUCGGCAGGUCCAUAGCCAGAAGACGCUGACUUACAGGCUGGGCCCCAAGACCUCCUUCUCGGCCGAGGACCUGAGCUUCUUUCUCAGCACACGCUGCAUUGUGGUGCUGCUGUCUGCAGAGCUGGUGCAGUGCUUCUGCCAGCCGGCCCUACUGCCCCUGCUGCAGAGGGCCUUCCAUCCUCCACACCGCAUAGUACGGCUGCUUUGUGGGGUACAGGACAGCGAGGAGUUCCUGGACUUCUUUCCAGACUGGGCACACUGGCAGGAGCUCACCUGUGAGGAUGAACCUGAGACUUACGUAGCAGCUGUGAAGAAGGCCAUUUCUGAAGAUUCUGGCUGUGACUCAGUCACUGACACUGAGACCGAGGACGAGAAGGUGCUUUCCUACUCGAAGCAGCAGGGCCUGCCGCCGGAGACUCCGCCUGGGAACCUCAUGGUGGUGCAGCCGGACCGCAUUCGCUGUGGGGCAGAAACCACUAUCUACAUCAUUGUGAGAUGUAAGCUGGAUGAGAGGGUGACGACAGAAGCAGAAUUUUCACCUGAGGAUUCUCCCUCAAUAAGAGCGGAAGCCAAGCUGGAGAAUGAGUACACUGUUUCCGUGAAAGCUCCCAACCUUUCAUCUGGGAAUGUUUCUCUGAAGAUAUAUUCCGGAAAUUUACUGGUGUGUGAAACCGUUAUCAGCUAUUAUACUGACAUGGAGGAAAUUGGGAAUUUAUUGUCCAAAGCUGCAAAUCCCGUCGAGUUCAUGUGUCAGGCUUUUAAAAUUGUACCCUACAACACAGAGAUCCUUGAUAAACUGCUGACGGAGUCCCUGAAGAAUAAUAUCCCUGCAAGUGGGCUGCACCUCUUUGGAAUCAACCAGCUGGAAGAAGAAGAUAUGAUGACAAAUCAGAGGAAUGAAGAGCUGCCCACUUUGUUGCACUUUGCUGCCAAAUACGGACUGAAGAACCUUACUGCCUUGUUGCUCACCUGCCCGGGAGCCCUCCAGGCCUACAGUGUGGCCAACAAGCAUGGCCACUAUCCCAACACCAUUGCCGAGAAGCAUGGCUUCAGGGACCUGAGGCAGUUCAUCGACGAGUAUGUGGAAACUGUGGACAUGCUGAAGAGUCAUAUUAAAGAGGAACUGAUGCAAGGGGAGGAGUCCGACGCUGUGUAUGAGUCCAUGGCGCACCUUUCCACAGACCUGCUCAUGAAAUGCUCCCUCAACCCCGGCUGUGACGAGGACCUGUAUGAGUCCAUGGCGGCUUUCGUCCCAGCAGCCACCGAGGACCUCUAUGUUGAAAUGCUUCAGGCCAGUACAUCCAGCCCAAUCCCCGGAGAUGGUUUUUCUCGGACCACUAAGGACUCUAUGAUCCGCAAGUUUUUAGAAGGCAACACCAUAGGAAUGGCCAGUUUGGAGAGGGACACGCACCGUCUUGGUCAGGAGGAGGAAGAUGUUUACCACACAGUGGAUGAUGAUGAGGCCUUUUCUGUGGACCUGGCCAGCAGGCCCCCUGUCCCAGUGCCCAGGCCAGAGGCCAGUGCUUCUGGUACUCACCACCUGUCUGACAAUGAACCAUACAUUUCUAAAGUUUUUGCAGAAAAAAGCCAAGAGCGGCCUGGGAAUUUAUAUGUUUCUUCAGAAAGCCUCCGGAAAGAGCCACCUGUCAGACCGUGGAGGGACAGGCCUCAGUCGAGUGUAUAUGACCCUUUUGCUGGGAUGAAAACACCCGGCCAGCGGCAGCUCAUUACCCUCCAGGAGCAGGUGAAGCUGGGCAUCGUCAACGUGGAUGAGGCCGUGCUGCACUUCAAAGAGUGGCAGCUCAACCAGAAGAAGCGGUCUGAAUCCUUUCGCUUCCAGCAGGAAAAUCUUAAACGGCUGAGAGAUAGCAUCACGCGAAGACAGAGAGAGAAGCAAAAAUCAGGAAAGCAGACAGACUUGGAGAUCACAGUCCCAAUCCGGCACUCACAGCACCUGCCUGGGAAAGUGGAGUUUGGAGUCUAUGAGAGUGGCCCCAGGAGAAGUGUCUUCCCUCCAAGGACAGAGCUAAGACGAGGAGACUGGAAAACAGACAGUACCUCCAGCACUGCAAGCAGCGCGAGUAACCGAUCCAGCACCCGGAGUCUCCUCAGUGUGAGCAGCGGGAUGGAGGGGGACAACGAGGAUAAUGAAGUCCCCGAGGUUACCAGAAGCCGUAGUCCAGGCCCCCCACAAGUGGACAGUGCACCCACCGUGCCUCUUGAGAGGCCUCCCAGGGUGCCACCACGAGCUGCCUCACAGAGGCCCCCGACGAGGGAGACCUUCCACCCUCCUCCACCAGUUCCACCCAGAGGUCGUUGAUUCCACCUCCUAAAACCUGCCGACUUUGGGACUUUGGGACUUGCAGUUUUCUGCCUGUCAAUGAAGUCUUCAUGUUGAGUUUAACGGUGUGACUGCAGACCUUAAGACCCACUCUCAUUGCUGGUAUUGUUGUGGCCCUGCUGGUUUGGGCGUUCCUUGAAGAAGAUAUUAUUAAGGCACAAAGAAGUGAAAAAUGAAGAACUUCAUUCCCCAUCACCAAGUUUAUUGAUGCAUAUCCUUGUUUGCCAAGAGGAUGAAGAUUUAAUUAGAAUACGUACCUCUAAUUUGGCAUGUCAGAAGCCAAAAGAGAUUGCUUAGAAAUGUAUUUUACAAGUGAUUUUACUGAAAUGCACUUAUACUAGGCCAUGGUUAUUUGCUAGUCCAACCUAAUUUCUAGAAGUGGUUAUGAUUUAAGACUUACAGUAUUCAAGUAAGAAGGUAUGUCCUAAUUUUUAAAUAAUUCUUCAACUUUUCUGUAGAUUCAGGAGGGUGUUUAAGUGCCAGGGCUGGUCACAUACAACAGACUCAAAAAGACUUUAAAGAGGGACUAGUCUUAACUCCUCUUAUACAGAAGGCAACUCUGAGCUUUCAGAGAAGAACCAAGAGUACUCACCUGGUUAGAAGAAGAGGUGGGUCUAGAAUCAGAACCGGCUGAUUCUAGGUCACCACUUCCCAUCUCCAAAUAGCCAAGCUCUCCCUUAGAUAUGCCCAUGCAGAAAUUCGGUCAGUGACUGACUAUUGGCCUUCCAGAAGUUUCCUUCUUCCACAUCUCCCAGGUAUGGGACUAUUAAGUAUUUGGGGCAUUUAUAAUUCAGUAUGCUUUCAAAACAGUGAUGCUGUCAAGGAACAUUUAAAAAGUGGUUGGGAACCAGAAGCUUGGGAUGCCGGGGACCUCACUUGAUAGAUCUUAGUUCUGGCCACAGGAGAGAGGAGGCUCCUUGACUUUUACUCUGCUGAGGGGUCCCUACAAUAGAAAUCGUUAUCUAUUUCCAUAUAUACCUGUUAUUACCACUAGGCUUAGGAAAUCUGUGCAGAGAUUGUAGAGCCUUAAAGGUAUCAUUAAUUUUGAGUCCCUAGCACAUAAAUCUACCUUUAAAGCACUGGUUCUUAACCUGAUGCUUAAACAUACAGUCAAAUUAGUAUCAGAUCUAUUUCUUUAAAAAUGAUCAGAAACCUGGUGGCUUUCUAUGAAAUUAUUCUCCAUCCCACACAAAUAUAUAAAAGCCACACUAUCAAAGAUCUAUUUGAGUAGCUUUAUUAAGUCAUUUUCUAAUGAUUAAAAAUUCUUUUUCCAUUUCAUUCCUCAGUCUGGCAAACAAGGACUUAUUGAAAUUAAUAGCUUCUGGGGUCUUGGGUUUUUCUGUUUGCAGGUUUUUUUUUUUCUUUUCUGACUUUAAAUACACUAUUGGCCCUGGCCAUUAAGACAGUAUUUGUGCAAAUUACCUACCAUAAUGCCUGGCGCCCGGCAGCCGUCUUACGGUGGCCCCUUUACUCCCCUUGUCACUUAUUUGGGAGAAAUCGGGUUAUGUGAGAUGAAAGGAGAACAAGAAAUAUAAUGUUGGUACAGUUAUCCUCCCUGUUAUUUAUAGAUAGUCUCUAUCUUAGGCACAUUUGAUUUUGAUAAAAGCUAUACUUUUUUAUAUUCAGUACCUCUAAGCCCCCUUUUGGAUGUCAAAUUUAGAUUUUUUUUACAUUCUCUGAUUAAUAAGCAUUUAAAUUAAUAACAUGGCAAAACCUACUAUCAGCCAAUGCUGUUACCAUCUUUGUAUGCAUAUCACUCUUUGUGCAAUAUUGAAAUUUUUAUUGCAUUUUAUUCUUAUAUGAAAAAUAAGUGGAAAACGUAAGACUGAGUGCUGAUGAGAAACCUGGGUUUCAUAAAUGUGACACACUUGAGACACAGACAGAAAUGAUCAGGAGUUCCAAGUCAAAAAUGGCAAGUCUAAAACUUUGUUGAAUGUUCACUGAACAUACAAAGUGAUUGGUUGUGUGUAAAAGUAAAAGAAGAAAAUGAAAAAAUUUGGAUGAAACACUGGGACCAUGUUAUCAAAGAAAUGAUGGGGUGACAUUUUUCAUGGGUUUCAAUACAAUGAGGAUCAGAAACUAAAUUGUAACUAUGUGUCCAAAGACACCUAGUCUCUGUAAAAAGUUCUCUGCAUGAUACCUUGGGAGACAGCUCUGCUGACACCAUCCUUCCCCAAGAUUUUACAAACUGGCUCAAUAGACAGUGAAGCUACUGGUCAUAUUCAUUGCCAUUGACUUUGCCUCUUAACUGUACAAGGUACAUUGUCCACCAGUUGCUAGGCCAGCACUGUUCCUUCAUCUUAUAGUAAAACCUGUGAGCAAACAACCAACAAUAUAAGCAACAAAGUAGGGACACUGAUAGACUAUAAACAGGAGGUGUGUGUUACAAUCAAAUAAUUUAACCUGAAGUAUUUAAUGAUGUGAAUAAUCCCUAAUGCUUUGCCAUAAUUAGGCAAAUAGUAUGUAAAUGAUUUCAAUGAAUAUUUUUAUAAGUCAAGCUAAGUUACCUACCCUCUCCCUCUCCUUUUGUCUUGCUUUGUCAUUAAAAAAGAGAGAUCCUAGUCCAUUCUAUAUCACCUCAGUAGUUGGGAUUUUUAGAUCCCUCUCCCAUAUGCCCCAGGAAGUAUUCAUUUUCUCUGCUGGUCUUUCAAAGAAUAGUGUGUGGAUUUUGCAGCUGGUUGGCUAAGGAAGCAUUAGUAACAGAUUUAUUUCUAAGAAAGACAAGUAGCUAAUUUGGAUAACUCUAGAAGAUUCAUCCUAAAAAUCAAUCCUCAAUUUUGAGGAAUCUGCCUGUUUAAAUGUUUUCUUUGGUUUGAUAAAUAAAUUGUGUUUGAUUCAUUUCCAAGUGAGUUAUUAAGAAUAUAAUGUGGCCUUCCUCAUUCAUUCCUGAUGGCCAGAUACUGCGUUCUCCAGAAUGGUGAGAGGAUGAGUAGGAGGGUAAAAGGUGUGUUCUGAAUGUUGAGGCACAACUCAGAAUUAAUAGACACUGUAAUAAAUAGUAGGUUCCUAGGCUGGCUCACCAAAACCUAUUUAACCCACAAUAUAGGAGAAAAUGUCUUAGCUAGCUAUGCAGUAAGAGUUAGCAUGAUGCAGGGAGAGAACACUGGCUUGGAAGUCAGGAGACUUGGAUUUUAUUUUGAUCUGCUACUGGCUUGCUGAGUUCACUUCACUUGACUACCCAUCAUCUAUGAAGUGAAGCGUUUUGUGUUUAGUACUGCUCCAGGUCCCUUCAACUCUAAGUUUAGGACUAAGACAAGAGGUGGAGAAUCCCUUAUUCUGAAGGAGGGAGGCAGCCCUACUGGACUCACUAUCUAAUUGGCAAAGCAUCCUAUUAUGUGGCACCUGCUGUUCCCUGCACAUUGUUAUAACAGAUACUUUAAAAGAUGUGUGGGAAACAGUAAAAUGGGAACUGUACAAAAAAAUUAAUAGCCUUAGUUGCUGUUUGGUCUCAGAACCAACUGUUAUAAGUGAUUGCUUCCUAAAGAAAAAAUUCAGAACAAUUAUAAAAUUCUUUGGUAUCUAGAACAUUUCAGCCAGAACAGAAAAGGUAGAGAUGGAAGGUGGUAAGUAGCAAUAGAAGGACCCCAGAAGUAGAUAACAAGCAAGAUAAACAAGCAAGAUAUUGUCAUGCCUGUUUUCUGUUAUGCGUGCAAUGUUUCCUGGUUUUAAGUCUACGCUCCCCAAAUGAAUACUUUUUACUUUUUCUUCUGUCCUCCCCACCCCCAAGCAAUUGCCAACCCAGUGCUUCUGACAACACUUAGCAAAUGCUUACUGCCUCCAAUCUGUGGAGGCUGGUGAUGGAUGUUUAAGCAAGAAACUACUCAUCCAUCUUAAUUCAGCACUUACAGGGCUUGUUCUUCAAUUGCCCAUCAUCACUUGAUUCAAAAGCUGUGAUUAUUCAUUCACGGAGCAUUUACUAAGCUUCCAUUAUGAGCACCGUGCUAGGUGCUCUGGGGGAUAUACAAAGAUGUAUAAGACACCUCCUCCGAUUUUUAUUGCAAUUGCUGGUGUAUGAUUCAUUCAGCAAUUAAUCAUGUACUGCUUUGUGGUGUCUCAGACUAUCUAGAAAGUGUUCUUUAAAUCUUUCUAUGCUAUUUGACUUUUCACUUAUUAAUGUCUUCAUUCAGCAAAUAGUUAUUGAAUGUCUAUGAUGUGACAAGCAGUAUCCCAGCAGCUGGGACAGAUAUAAACAAAUGGUAGUGUCUGCC